AUGCCGGACAUUUCCCCGAAAACCACACCAUCGCGACAGUUCUGCGACAAAUGUGGUAAUGACCACAGGGGCGCGAUGCACGAGCAAAGUUUCGAGCAACCAAGCUUGCAUUAUCACCAAGUGGACUUUGAUAAUGCAGCCGCCUCACUCCGUGGUCUGAACGAAACACCCUCCGAAUCACCACCAGCCGGUCCAAACUUCCAGGAGUUUGACUUUGCUCUUCCAGCGAUCGAGGAGAGCUUGCUCAUGGACUCACCCCAAUGGUACCCUCAUGUCGAAUCUCUUGCACCAAACACCAUUGAUGAUAUGAGUACGACAGUCUCUUCAUUCCACGGACUGGCGCGGCGCCAUCGAGCAAAGUCUACACAAAAUCAACACCAUACCAGGUCAAAUGCCUCCGUCUCUUAUAAAUCCGCUCUACAUUUAGCUGCUGCGUCAGGAAACACACAAUGCGUCAGGGCAUUACUGAGCCACAAUGUUGAUAUGAACGCAACCGAUGCGUUGGGCAGGACGCCACUCCAUGCAUGUGCUGCGGCUGGUAAUACGACCGGUCAUGUUUCCGUGGCUCAAUUGCUAAUUGAGAAUGGGGCGGACCCGACUCUGAAGGAUCAAGCUGGGAUGGGCCCAUUGCACAUUGCUGCAGAGAGAGGGAAUGAUCUGGUGCUUGAGGCCUUGAUUCGGAUUGGUGUGGAUGUAAACGCGUUAUAA